AUGUUGCUCGAGCAAAAUGGAGGGUUUCGGUCAUUGCAGGCACGCGCUAGUGGUGGUCUCAUUGUGUCGACAAAUCUGCCUUCGAUGAACGAGCUCUUGACUCCCGCGUCUCGUGUGCUUAUUACAGUGAAGCGCCAAGCGCAUCCGCGGCAGAAUCUCGGUGGUCAGUUCAAGGGAAAGUUUUACUUGAAAGGUGUUGAGGGAUACGUUGCAGUCGUGAAUGGUUCCAGUGUAUGCCCGGCGGUCGAAAAAGUGCUGGCUAGGACUCCGGCUGAACGUGAGAGGAAGAGGGCACGAGUGAAGAGGCAGUAUUUUGUAAACUCGAUUUUGUUGUUUCAAGCUGUGGGAACUUGCGCGUAG